AUGUCCAAUAAUUUUUCCAAUCAUCAAAGCCAAGAAAAUACAGAAAGCAAUUCAGAAAAUUCUAUCGAACAAAAUGUAAAUUUGGAUGCUUUACAAAAGUCUGCAUCAAACGUAUUUCACAUACAAUGUACCUCUAUACAAGAAUUUAAUGAAGGUGGUUUUCAUAAAGUGUACAUCUUAAAGAUAGAAGAUGGUAAAGAAUAUAUUGGGAGAGUAGCAUUCUCUGUAUAUUCACAAUGGAAGACAGAAAGUGAGGUAGCUGUUAUGGAGUAUAUUCAUUUAAAUUCGAACAUCCCUGUUCCCAAAGUUUAUUAUUGGAAUAGUUUUGUCAAUAAUCCGGUAGGAGCAGAAUAUAUUUUAAUGGAAUAUUUACCUGGAAUUCGUCUUUGCGAUAUCUGGACAAUUUUAUCAACCAUGGAAAGAGGUCCUUUCGACACAACUAAUGAAUAUAUUUCAGCUGUUAUUCGAAACCAGAUCCUUUAUAAUUAUAUCUUUAAAUCUAUAGAACAACAAAAAUACUGGAUUUCAAAAUAUGAAGAAUUAUAUAAAUUAGUUCCUAAAUAUUUUCUGGAUGAAAUCAAAUCCAUGUUUGUAUUGAUGCAUAAAGACUUUCACUUAUCAAAUAUUUUAGUCAAUGAUGACAAAAUCACAGGGGUUAUCAAUUGGGAAUGUUCUGGCGCAUUUCUAAUGAAGUGCCUAUGUAUUUUUCCAGUUUGGAUAAUUAACAAUCAAAUGAUAGAACCAACUAGCAAGAAGUCCAAGAAAAAUGUAAUACUACAAAAAUUUUUUCAUGAUGAAAUGUCUCAUCAUAAUCCUGAUUUUAUUCGCAUAUUUGACAAUAUAAAUAUAGAUGAAGAAAAAAAAAUUUUAUUCUGUAGUAUUUAG